AUGAUAGGACCAUUGACCUUCAGUGACACUGUGCUGAGUGGACUGAAGAUUGGCGUGACUGUGGAUGCUGUGGUAGAUACCAAUGUUGCAGUGGAAGCGACUGGGCUCCAAGAAUCCACCCUCCAGUAUCAGUUUGUUGACAUCCCUCGACCGAAGUUAGAGGAACUCCGAGAGCGGAAACUGCUGGACCCAGAACCAUCAUAUCUGCAGCAAUACCGGAGAUCACAGAAGAACCUCUACGUGGUGACGAAGGUGGUGGAGCUGCUCAACAGUCCUGUGCUGACUGACACCCGCAGUGUGGGCGUUUUUGGCGGCCUCUCCCUCCCCUGGAAUCCUGCCGCCAAGGUUAAGGCAGAAGGAAGGGGCCAAGUAUUGAGAAAGAGGACGCAGGCUCUAAAGAAGGGCAUGGUGAUGGCCUACCAGAAGAAGCAGCUGGUUUUUGAGACCAAUGGUUGGCGUUUUCAUGAUAUCCCAAAUGAGAAACAAAAAAGCUUUCCAGACAAAGUGAAAUAUAGCACCCGGACAUCAGAAAUGCAGUAUAGUCCUGAAGAUCCUGUUUCCAUGAGCAGCUUCACAUGCCUGGAAAGAGAGAUAUUCAUGACAAUGAACAAUGUGACUUGGCUCUCAAGGAAUGUUCCAGGUGUCAUGUUCGGUAAUAUCCAGGCUUUGCUGGGGGACCAACAGGCCCUGCAGGACCUCAUGGACACGCUUGAACAGGGAGAAACUUUGUGUCACUUGACUGGCCCUGGUGCCACCAUCCUCAGUGAGCUGACAAGGAUUCCAGGCUACCCCCAAGUUGCCCCGGUGAACCUCAUCAUGUAUCUGCUUGAAGCCAUACUGGUGCUGAGUGACACCCAACGUGAUUUACUGGCCUGGUCCAUGGAGAGAAGGAUCCUGUUCUAUCAAUGGCAUUUGGUACGGAGCAUCCUGGAGCCCAACUUCACAUGCUCCGAGAACACUCCCUUCCGCCUGGACCCCCAGCUCCUCGCCCCCCUGCAGGGUGAGGGUGUGGCCAUCACCUAUGGGCUCCUGCAGGAGUGUGGGCUGAGCAUGGAGCCGGAUGACCCCAGGUCCACCUGGGACCUGGACGCUAAGGAGCCCCUGUCUGCCCUGUUUGCGACCCUGACUAUCCUACACCGGCUGACAGCGGCCUGAGCCCCACUGGGGAGCAGAAAACCUGGGAGUCCUGCCCCAACCGUCUGCGCUGUGAUGUCCUGUGGACUUGGGGUGCUUAGGACCCUGCAUUUUUUACUUUAAUGGUGGGAGCAACAGGGACUUGAGGGAAAAUUCUGGGGUGGUGGAAAAUCUCUCUGUGUUGCUAAGGAUUCAUUAUCAGGCAAACCACACAUAAUAUGCUUAAG